AUGGAGGAGGCCUGUGACCAGAUGGAGGAGCCACAUGUGGAUGAUGGUGAUGAGAAUACUGAGCGUGGGAACUGGGCCAGCAAGAAGGAAUACAUCCUCUCUAUGAUUGGCUAUGCUGUUGGACUGGGAAACAUCUGGAGAUUUCCCUAUUUGGCCUACAAUAAUGGAGGGGGUGCCUUUCUUAUCCCCUACUUUGUGAUGUUGGUGUUGGCUGGAAUUCCUCUUUUCUUCCUGGAAAGCGCCUUCGGGCAGUUUUGCAGCCAAGGACCAAUUAACAUAUGGAGAGCAGUGCCUAUCCUGCAGGGUGUUGGUGUUGCCAUGGUUAUGGUCACUUUAAUAGUAUCAGUUUACUAUAACGUCAUCAUCGCCUACAGCCUGUACUACAUGUUUGCCUCUUUCCAGUCUCCUUUGCCGUGGUCCAGCUGCCUCAGUCAGGCUGACAGUAACUGCAGCAACACGACAAUAGUGUACUGCAAUGUAAGUGGUUCUUUAGUGGCCAACUGGACUCAGGGAAACAGCACUUGCCCUUUAUCCGACAUAAUCACAGAUCCAGUGCAGAGCCCAAGUGAGCAGUACUGGGAUCGUGUGGUUCUGCAGAGAUCCAGUGGUCUGGAUGAAACAGGACCCGUAGUUUGGCACUUGGCCCUCUGUCUGCUGCUGAGCUCCAUGAUUGUUGCUGCAGCGCUCAUCAGAGGCAUCAAGUCAUCAGGCAAAGUUGUGUAUUUUACAGCCACAUUUCCUUAUGUGGUGAUUCUGAUCCUGCUGAUUAGAGGUGUGACACUAGAGGGAGCCAGAGAUGGCAUAGAGUUCUACAUUGGUUCCCAAUCCAAUUUGACUAAACUGACAGAAGCACAGGUCUGGAAAGAUGCAGCAACUCAGACCUUUUACUCUCUCUCGAUUGGCUGGGGUGGAGUCAUGACUCUUGCUUCCUACAACAACUUCCACAAUAAUGUGUUCAAGGACUCAUUUGUUGUAACACUUACUAAUGCUGGUACCAGUGUGCUUGCGGGCUUUGCCAUAUUUUCAAUCUUGGGUCACAUGGCUCACAUCUACAAAAUGCCUGUUGGAGAAGUGGUGAAGGAAGGAUUUGGCCUGGCAUUCAUUGCAUAUCCAGAUGCUCUGUCUAAGCUUCCUAUUUCCCCUCUUUGGUCCAUUUUGUUCUUCUUCAUGCUUUUAACUGUUGGUCUGGACUCUCAGUUUGCAGGAAUAGAGGUGAUUACCACCUGUCUGCUUGAUGCCUUCCCUAAAACCUUCAAAUCCAAACGAGCUUUAUUGACUAUAACAACAUCUUCAAUCCUCUACCUGCUGGGUCUGCCUUGUAUCACAAGGGCAGGAAUAUACUGGGUUACUCUAAUCGACCAGUUUGCCGGCAGCUGGGUGCUGCUAUUUUUGGUUCUCUUGGAGAUCAUUGGUGUCGUCUACAUAUAUGAAGGCAACCGUUUUAUUGAAGACAUUGAGAUGAUGAUUGGAAAAAAGAGUUUCGCUUUCUGGCUGUGGUGGAGAGCAUGUUGGUUCUUCAUCAGCCCCUGCAUCAUAGUGGUGAUCCUGAUCUGGUCAAUGAUCACGUUUACGCCACCCUCUUAUGGAGGAGUCCAGUUCCCAGAGUGGGGUUUGGUUUUGGGCUGGUGCAUUGCUGUAUUUAUCCUUCUCUGGGUCCCUGUCAUCGCUAUCUAUAAACUGAUGAGAGCAAAUGGAAGCCCCUGGAAGCGUCUGAAGUCAUUGUGCUCUCCAGCUGAACAAUGGCAUCCCUACCUGGACAUUCAUCGAGGAGAACGCUACUCACAAGAACACUGCCGCCUCAGGAUAAGGCAUAAAACCAAACCAGAAUGUAAUCUGUGA